AUGAAACCUCACAACAUUUUCCCACCUCGCCCGCCUCGGCCAACAGAUGCACAAAUCAAAGCCGGCAUCGAAGCCUGCCUCGUAGUCCAACGCCGCGCCUUAACAAUGGGCAAAAGACCCUUCUCCGCCGCCCUGAUCGGCCCAGACAACGAAACGGUCCUCCUCACUCAUCAAUCAAUCGACCACGUCAACCACGCCGAAUCAAGCCUCGCUCGUCUCGCAGCAUCCCACUACACUCAGGAGUAUCUCUGGAAAUGCACCUUGUAUUCAACCUGGGAGCCGUGCGCUAUGUGUGCGAGCACUUGCUAUUGGGCGAAUAUAGGCCGGAUUGUGUAUGCCGCUGCUGAGACGCAAUUGGCGGCGCUGACAGGGCAGGGGAAUGAGGAGAAUAUGACUAUGGCUAUGCCUUGUCGGCAAGUUCUGCAGGGGAGUCAGAAGGAUGUUGAAAUCCUAGGGCCGGUGGAAGGCUUGGAUGCCGUUGUGGUGGAGGAGAGCGAUGUCUAUUGGAAGCCAUUGCGAGAAGCAUAG